AUGGGAAGAGAACCAGCAAAGCCGCAACAACAAGGUCAAGAAACCGAUUACACCGUCGAUCAGCUCGUCGCAUUCAAUCGUUACAAUCCCGAUAUUUUUCCAGAUCUCGAAAACUCCGUCAAUGAACAGACUUACAGCCUCGAAUCAAAUCUCUGCCUUCUUCGCCUCUACCAGUUUGAACCUGAGAAACUGAGUUCCCAGAUUGUGACUCGCAUGUUGGUUAAGGCACUCAUGGCUAUGCCGGGUCCAGACUUCAGUCUAUGUCUCUUUUUGAUUCCCGAACGUGUGCAAAUGGAGGACCAGUUCAAGACAUUGAUUGUUCUGUCUCACUAUUUGGAGACCGGAAGGUUUCGUCAGUUCUGGGACGAAGCAGCAAAAAACCGUCAUAUACUUGAUACUGUGCCAGGAUUUGAGCAGGCAAUCCAAGGCUAUGCAGUUCAUGUCUUAUCAUUGACUUACCAAAAGGUUCCUAGAACUGUGCUUGCUGAGGCUAUCAACAUAGAAGGUUUAGCUUUGGACAAAUUCCUUGAACACCAAGUAGCAAACUCUGGUUGGGUAAUUGAGAAAAGCCAGGGUAGGGGUCAACUCAUCGUCCUUCCCAGAAAUGAAUAUAAUGACCCAAUUUUGAAGAAAAACACUGCUGAAAGUGUACCAUUGGAGAAUAUUACUCGCAUCUUCCCUAUUCUUAGUUGA